UAGAUUUUUCAGAACUGCUAACCACACUCACAGAAAAAGGAGAAGCUUUCUUGCGAAUCUACGCUGAAGCCAUCAGAGAAAAUAACUUCAUACAACAAGUUACACUUUACUUUGACCCAAAAUCUUUUCAACCCAAAUUUUUGGAUCAUUUUGAAAUAGUAAAACGUGCUCUUGAAAACAAAAAGAGCCUUAAAGAUGUAACGAUUCGACUUAAUGGUUGGAUAUUCCCUAGAGGAUUUAAACAGUUUUGGAUACAUCACCUAUCUCUCUUUGGAUGUACGAAUGAGGGCAGAUGCACUGGUAAAUAUCUGCAAGUCAAACCCGCAUUUGGAGAGUUUAAGUUUUAGAAGCACCGAAAUUCUUGGAAGACUCUCAGACAUCGUGCCACACUGCUGCAAUCUUAAGAAACUAGAGUUCGUGCCAAAGCCGGAUAACGAUGGAACCGAAUAUGCACCACUGGCAGAGCUUUCCAACUUACGAGUAAUGACUAUAUUCAGAGCCUUCGAGAAUGGCUCUCUGUUGACAUUUUUUGAGGCGAUAACCAAUUGGCAGAGACCAGAGCACCAACUGCUGACAAUGAACUUUAUCGAAGUCUUGCCACAUUUAAGUAACGUUACAAUUGCGAGAAUGAACUCUUUUUCCCAUUUAGAGUUGGGGUAUCAACGUGAGGAUUAUAUAAAAUUAUUGAUCUCUUACGACUUUUGGGACAUAUCUAGGGACAGCAGCCCUUUAGAGCAAUCUCUCGCCACCAUAACCUUAAUUGGAGCAGAGCUAAAAAUCGAUUGCAAAGGACUUGCCUUGUCUCAUUGUCCGACAAGAGAUAUCGAUAUAAGACGAUUGGUUUCACUCUUAAGGACUUUGAAUAUACAAAAUUUUACUUUAGCAGACUAUAGAUAUAAAGCCCCAAUAUCAAAACUCUUUGCAUCCAUGAUACCAGACGAAUCAUAUGCUUUGAAAUCGGUUGAUAUACAUUUAAGAGAAAUAGGCCAAAUUGAAACAUCUGAACUUGUUAAAAUUAAAUCAAUUACAUCUUUGAUCUGCAAAUUUUUAGGUUGGGAGUCUGUCGAGCUCUUAAGUGCGCUUCCCAACCUGGAAACAGUGCGUAUUCAUAUUAAAGAGGAGUUCGAGAAGACGUAUUCAAAGGCACUUUGCAGUCUCUUAAAUACCUGCUCGGAAAGCGGUGUCAUUACGUGUCAAAAUUGGAACAUUGAAUUUAAAAAGAGCGAGAAUAUAUUAGGCCAAAAUAAGAGAAUUAAAACUAUGAUUAUUGCAGGCAGAGAAAAAAAUUCAGACGUUUUUGAAGCCUUCGGCUACAGAGAUUUAAUUACGAUUGAGGAACUGGAUGUUUCAGAAUGCACCGGUAUAACUAUUAAAGAUAUACUCAAAGUGGCAGAGGUACAGCCGAUAACAAAAUUAAGAAUUUCAUUGACCAAUACGAAUGACAUUGAGAGUUUGUCGAACAUAACUGAGCUCAAGGAAUUGACCAUAUGUGACUCUGAGGAGGGAUCUUUAAUAAAGCUGUUCGACCAAUUGGCCACAAAGACGUCACCGUCGCUUCAAUACCUAGAAAUUAAAUCAGAAAAUCUUUCAAGCGAAGAAUUAGUUCUAAUUUCCAGAAUAAGGUCGUUGAAAAAAUUCAAUUUAUACGAAUCUCAGCAGCUUGAAGAUUGUGAAUCAUUGAUGGAGCUAGCUAAUUCGAAUAUUGAAGAAUUAACACUUUCUCUUCCAGAGUUUUCUUUACAGCAAUUAUUUUCUGCAUUUGCUACAAAAACUUCAGCCAAACUGCAGCACUUGAAAUUUAAAGGAGGACUAAGCAGAUCUGUUAUUAUGAUUGAGGAAUUAGAAGAGCUCUCUAAAAUUCAAAGUUUACGAAGCUUGCAAGGCACAUGUUGUUGUGACGAUAUUUCCCAUUUGCGCAACUUUAAGCACUUCGUGAAACUAGAUCUAAAAUUGUUAUCAGUAACUUCAGAGGUAUUACAAUGUUUGGCAAACCUUGAAAAUUUGGAGUCCUUGGCCUUGUUUUUUAAUGAAUAUAAGAACUAUAUUCAGAUUUUGUUAAUUGAUGAAUAUGUUAACAAUAAUACAGAAAAUGAUUAUAAUGAUUAUAAUGAUUAUAAAUAUAAUGACCAUAUUGACGAUAAUGACAAUGAUGUCGACGUCCAACAUGUUCUUAAUGAUUUGAAAAAUAUCAAAAAGCUAACCCUAUCAGUAAGCAUAGGUGUUAAUCUUACAAAUGUCUAUCAGGCUUUUGGUAGGAAAAGCGUAAAAUUAACACAUCUAACUACAACGAUUAGAUGUGUUGAAGAACUAAAUGAAAUAACGCGAAUUAAAUCGUUAAGAAAUUUAAAUAUUUUCUUUAGUCGAAUUGGUAAAAAUAUGACAAGCAUAAGCGAACUAUCAGAACUCGAGUCAUUGCAAAUUACUGUAGUGUAUUGGGAAAUUGCUAAUAUAAGGGAUAGUAUCCUAUCCUUUUUAAAGUGCUGCAAAAAUCUCGACCGCCUUUUAAUUAACACAUGUUGGGUGUGUGAUUUAUAUAAUAUAUUUCAAAGGGAUAUUCAUAGCAUUCUAAAAUCUGUAAGAGAUCCCACACAUCAAGGUCCUUUAACUGUUAUUUUAAAUAAUGAGGUAAUUGAUCGAUUAUAUAACUUACAUAGGAAAGAGAAUAUAGAGGAAAUACUUAUAAAUAAAAAAAGGCUAUUAUGUUUUGAGAAUGCCUACUUGAAGGUUUUUACUCUGGAUUUCCAUAAUUGGUAAAAUAAAAAUAUAAGCCCAAGCAAUUUUAUUAAAUGUUGCUACUCAAUAGAUACAAUCUAACAUAAAAAUGCUAAGCAUUCAAUGACAAUGUAUGAUUAAAAUAUUUUAAAAAUUGUAAUAUUGUAUAAUAAGAAUAUUAAACGCUUCUAUACAUUUUUUUUAAUAAAGUAUUAAACAACUUGUCUGUA